AUGGAACAAUACAUGUGCGAUUUGUACAUCGAGCAAAAUCAUACUUGUUUCCAACUUGUGCGUCAGGCCACACCAUUGAUAGCAGGACUGAGUGUUGCUGCUGCUGCAUUGGCUGGAAGGUAUGGCAUCCAGGCUUGGCAAGCAUUCAAGGCCAGACCACCCACUGCAAGAAUGCGAAAAUUUUAUGAAGGAGGUUUUCUGCCUAAAAUGACGAGGAGGGAAGCAGCUCUUAUUCUUGGAGUCAGGGAAAGCACUCCAGCAGAUAAAGUGAGGGAGGCACAUAGGAAGGUGAUGGUAGCCAACCAUCCAGAUGCAGGAGGCAGUCACUACCUUGCUUCAAAAAUUAAUGAAGCGAAAGACAUAAUGCUUGGGAAGUCUAAGAACAGCGGUUCUGCAUUUUAAAAUCUCAACCGAGAGUCUCUUUGGUGCUUUAGAAGUUACAAAUUACAUGGUAACCGGAGGUGGAUCAUGCUUUCUGGCAUUAUAGACAACUUUAAAGUGAAGUAGAUUGAUUCUUUAAAAGAUGUAUGUUAGUUGGAAAAGGCAACAUUUUGAUAGUUGUAUGAGUUCACUGAAUAUCUGCGGGAUAGUGAAGCCAAUAUGUACUUUUAACAAUUGAUACACAUAUUCAUGGUUAAUAAUUGGUUGGCUUCUUCUUUGUUUG